AUUUAAUUGCAGAUUUCAUUAUAAGUCCUCACAAAAAUAAAAGAUCAUUAGUUGGCCCACAAGUUUUUGCUCAAACUGCAGAGUAUUUUUGUCCAACAGUAUUUAUAUACACCUGAGUACCUAUAUGCUUUUCAAAUAUUAUUGGUGUAGCGUUAUCAAUGGAAAUUUGACAGUUUGACCCUCCUAUAAUAGUGACAUUUGAUGACGAAGUAAAGUCUGUUUUUUUUUUAAAGAUAAUUCCCCAAAUCAAAAAUUUAGUAACUAUGUUGGCAACACAAGCCUUUUCUACAUAAAAAAUUUGAAAGCAUUGACAAUUUUACAUUGUGUUGCCAACAUAAUGUCAGUUUGACUUUUAUCUUUAAAUAAAAAACAGAUUUUAAUUUUUAAAUUUCAAUAGCAGUGUUCGUUUUUGUCAUCUUUUUCGUCAAUUUGCUAGGAAAUUUUGACAGGCACGCGAUUUGUAAAUUGAAAAUGUCUGAUCCAGUCACGUGCCUGUCAAAAUUUCGGAAAUCGACAAAAAAGAUGACAAAAACGAACACGGUUAGUGUUAAAAAACAGAAAGCCUAGUUGCCAAAAUGUGUAAAAUAUCAGUUGAUUCAAUUCCAAAAUAUUUUUCCAAAUUAAUUUAAAAAAAAUAUAUUCCCUGAAGAACCUCUGGUUUGCUUUUCUCGAAAUAGCCGUAACAUUUUAUUAUUUCCUAUUUCCCUUAUUUUCUCUUGAGAAAUUAUUUGUGGCAUCUUAAAUAUGAAAUAAUUUUGACAAUGCCGAAUUUUGAAAAAUGUCAUGGUAUGCAGAAUAGUAAGGUACCAUUUAUAUAUUGCACUAUUGAAAAAUAUAUUGACAAAUGUGUCAAAUUUUAUUGGCCAGAUAGGCCAGAGAAUUUUAAUACUGAAACACUUACGGAAUUAUGUGAAACACACUUAAAACUGUCUGGCAUUUGACAUAUAACCUCAUUAUUAUAAGACUAUCCAAAACACGUGACACAAAUAUGGCCGACAAGAGGCACACAAACAUUUGACACAAUCACAAACCAUAACAUCAUUAGGUUAUGUCAUUAAUGAUCAUAUUCAAAUACUCAUUUUCUAUUGUGUGCGUCUCAAUUUUUGGCCGUUUCUACCCAAUUAACGGAAUCCCUAUUGUUUGGGCAAGAUUGCUCUACCUACAUUUCACUUGGACACCCAGGACCUACCCUUAAAAUGUGAAAAUAUUUAUUUGUUGCAACUCCACCUUCCAGUGUUGUGCUACCUACUUUAAAUAAUGGAUACAGAAGCAUCUACAGAAAGACGAUGAAACAGGCAAGGAAGAUUUAUUACAAUGAGAGGUUGGGCAUCCGCAUCCAAUAAACAAAAAGAGUAACGACCUACACGAAAAAAUAAGAAAUAUACAUAUGUGCUUCCAAUUUGAAAGCAGAUAAUAUUAAUUCCCCGAUUAAUUCAUACUACUGUACGAUUGCUCAGUGUAUCAAAAAUAGAAAAUCUUCUGGAUGGGACGAUAUCUCAGUUAGGCUGUUGAUGUGUUGGCGGAUUCGAUUAUUAAUUAUUUUCUUACCGGAAGUUUUCCCUCAUUUUUGAAGCAAUCUUGGGUAGUACCUUUGUUUAACAGGGGGGUGAUAAGAAUUUAUCAUCUUAUUACCGGCCAAUAUCCUUACUGGCAACUUUGACUAAAAUUGUAGAGUGGCUAAUUAAGGUGGAUGGUGAGCUUCCUUGAUAGACAUAAAUUGCUUUCUCUGUCUCUGUUUCAGCAGUCAAAAAACACUGAUGAUACCAUAUUUCAUCUCCUGGAUGAGCUGUAUUAGAAGAUAAAUGACGAAGAAGUGUCCGCGGUAGUUUUUUGUGACAUGAAAAAAGCUUUCGAUUGUGUCUGUCAUGAAGUACUGCUUCUAGGGGUGCAGUACUUCAGAGAGGUUGGAUAUCACUGCAGGAGUGCCCUAAAGAUCUGUUCUAUUUCUAAUAUUAAUAAAAAUACGAGUAAAAAGAACGAGUAAAAAGAACGAGUAUCAAAACGCAAAUGAACAAUGAGCACUAUUUUUUUGAAAAAAAAUUCAUGACACAUUGAAUGACACAUAAAAAAAGGGUUUGUGUGCCUCUUGGCGGCCAUUUUAAUUCAAGUUUGACAGCAUCUUGGAUAGUUCAAUAGGAGGGUCAACCUGUUUAAUUUCCAUGGAUAAUGCUACGCCAAUAAUAUCUGAAAGGCAAAUAGUCCUUGUUUUUUUAUCCACCUGACAAGUAAUUGACAAGUCAAAAUUCCUGUGAAAACCUCAACUAAAAAUUAUGCAGUCUAAAUCAAUAAUAUGGAUUAAAAAGAUUGCAGACAAUCCUGAAAAGUUUGCCUCUCGAACUUUGAAAAAUUCAUCAAGCCAAACACAUAAAACGUAUCCAGCCUUAGAUAAACAAUCAUGUAGUGAGAUCAAAGUCAUCCUUAUCUCUAUGAAACAUACUUUGGACGACAUUUUAAUGUCGCUACAAAAUGAGAAGAAAAGUUUUCACAAUAAAUUGCAAGAAGAUAAUGAAAAUGAUCAUGAAAUAUCAAGAAUAACUUGUGGUCAACCUGAUUACUGGACUAAAAACUUUAUACAAAAGUUCAACAGCAACCUUGUAAUUUGCCCAAAUUGGGUACAGCCAAUGAGGCAAAUUUCUAGUUCUGACAUCCACUUUCCUAUAGUAACUUGUAAGCCCUUUGCUUUUACUCAUCCUGAAGGACAAGGUUUGAAUUAUAACGAUAAUGACAAUCAAACAAAAGAAUUCAAUAAUACAGAGGAGGAAGUUCAAUAAAAUUUUUGUAAUGUUAAUUGUUUGUUGAUAAAAUGUUGUAGUCUUUUGUAAAUUAAUAUCUGUGAUAAAUUUAGAGUCCUAUGAUUAUGUUUGGAGGCCCUGCAAAUACCAGAUGACCAAGCAUUAACACAAGUAGCUAGUAGUUGAACAACUCCUCAUGAAACUUCAUAUUAUGUUCAGGUCUACUUUAUAUCUCAGACAUAUACAAAGUCAUUUCCAUUUUACUAUGAGGAUAUUUCUUGAAUUUAGUUCAUUUUGAUUAAAAUGACAAAAGUAAUAAAGCAAAUAUUGUUUCAUGUAGAUAAAAAUAUGAGCAGAUGUUAAAUAUCAACCUGUAUCAAAUUACUUAGUACAUGUAGCUUAGGUCA